AUGUAUGUUGUCCUUACAGGUUUAUCAAUAUAUCAAUUAUCCUGGAACCCAAUUGAUCGACAGCUUCGUAUAAAUUAUGGAAUUUUACUCAAGUGCUUUGCGAUCAGAUUUUUCAUUUACGCCCUAAAAAAAAGGAUAGUUCCGCGUGAAGUUCUUGAAUAUUGUCGAAUCCAAUUACAUUUGUCAGUGCUUGAUCAUGCUGGUCUUUUCGCAAAAAUACUGUGUGAUAUAAAGCUCCAAAUUGAUGUCAUUAAUACUAUAGCCAAUGCUAAGAUUGUAACCAUUCUUCAAUACGACAUUUUGAUUCUACCGAACCACAAACUGGAACUUAUUUUUUCGGCACUGAGUAACUUUAUCUGGCCCCUAAGGGUACUUAAUGUUCGUAUAAAGACUUUAUUUUGUGCUUUGCAGAAAAAAAGAAUUGGUUGGGAUCAGUUACUAGUUGGUGCUUUCAAGCUCUGGCAAUAUACAUCUCCUAAUGAUAUUUUGCAUAGCCAGCUAUUGUUUAUGCAAUGUACCUUUUUUUUUAUGGCCAAUUGCCAGGACACAACAUUUUGCCCUGGAGGAUUAGAGAAAGACACCGGGCCUCGGUUUCAAGCUGAUGGCUUCAGCCAAACCUAUUACAAAGCUUUGAUUGUUAUCAAAAGAACAAACAAAGCAUAUCUGGAAUGUGCCAGAUUAGCAAAAAAACAAUACGAUACGAUAUCAUUAAAUGCCCGUCGUUAA